CAGUCAUAUCUGAAGGAUGACACCUCUGCCAAUGCAACAUUCCACCAGCACUACAUUGAGAGUGUCAUCCUAGCCUGAUAUUAAACCUCAAAUUUCUGACUCGGUGCUGAGACCACGGUAAGAUGACGGAAGAGGUGGUAGUGAUCGCCAAGUUUGACUAUGUGGCCCAGCAGGAGCAAGAGCUGGAUAUAAAGAAGAAUGAGCGAUUGUGGCUGCUGGAUGAUUCAAAGUCAUGGUGGCGGGUUCGAAACUCCACAAACAAAACUGGCUUUGUACCUUCAAAUUACGUGGAAAGAAAGAACAGCGCCAGGAAGGCAUCAAUUGUGAAGAACUUAAAGGAUACACUAGGCAUUGGAAAAGUAAAACGGAAACCGAGUAUUCGGGACACUGCAUCAAAUCCAGAUGUUGACUGUUAUGCUGAUAAUGGAGAACGUCUGUACGACCUCAGUAUGCCUGCGUUUGUGAAGUUCAGCUACACAGCAGAGAGGGAUGAUGAGCUCUCGUUGGUGAAGGGGACAAAGGUUAUUGUCAUGGAGAAAUGCAGUGACGGAUGGUGGCGAGGUAGCUACGAUGGACAAACUGGAUGGUUCCCUUCGAAUUACGUCAUGGAGGAAUCCGAGGGCUCCACUAUAGAACCUGUGAGCUCUCUAACGGAAAGACUCGCGGCUGUUGUGAACAAUGUGCACAGUGCCAAAGUACUGCAUGUUGUCCAAGCCCUAUACCCAUUCAGUUCUACGAAUGAAGAGGAGCUUAAUUUUGAGAAGGGCGAAGUGAUGGAAGUUGUUGAGAAACCAGAAAAUGAUCCCGAAUGGUGGAAAUGUAGGAAAGCUGACGGGCAAGUGGGUCUGGUGCCUAAGAACUACGUGAACAUUGUGCAGACUUCACCACCAGUCAUUAGUGUUGGACCAACACCACCUCAAUGUGAUUACAUAGGAGCAGCAACCACUGGCAGAUUUGCUGGCAGUCCAUGGUACUACGGAAAGAUUACAAGGCAUCAAGGCGAAAUGGCUCUAAAUGAAAGGGGAGUUGACGGAGACUUCAUUAUUCGUGACAGCGAGUCUUCACCGAAUGAUUUUUCAGUGUCUCUAAAAGCUCAAGGUAAAAACAAGCAUUUCAAGGUUCAGUUGAAACAAGGGCUCUACUGUAUUGGACAACGCAAGUUUGACAGCAUGGAAGACUUAGUGGAACAUUACAAAAAGGCACCCAUCUUCACCAGCGAACAGGGAGAUAAAUUGUUUCUGGUUAAACCUUUAUCUUAAUUGGGAGGGGAAUUGGAAGAAGAGAUUCACCAAAAUGGAUUGUUCAGGCAAAAAAAAAACUAUGGCGAUGAGGAAAAUUAUUGUGAUUUCAUCAGACUCGUUGGGAUUAACCCUUUUUUUUCCAAAAAAAAGUUAUAUCCAGAUUUAAUUUUCCACUUGUGUUACUACAUUUGUGUCCUACUUGUAUAGUAAAGUACCUUAUUCACUUUUA